AUGGCAGAGCAGGAGCCAUACAACGACGAGACCGCUGACCAGGCCCCACAACAGCUCUUUACCAUCACCGUACAGCUGCCUCAGUCGGACCCGAGCACUUUUCAGAUUCAAGCAAGUGCAUCAGAGACAAUUAAUGAGAUUAAGCAAAGCAUUAUCGAACAACCGAGCACCUGUCAAUACUCAUGCUUCCAUUUGGAGUACAACGGCAAAGCACUCAAUGACUUUGCAGAACUGAGUAGUGUCGAGGGUCUGCAAGCAGAAUCAGACUUCAAGCUCGUGCAAAACCCGUACUCUGAACGAGAAGCUCGUGUGCAUGUCACCCGACUGCUUGAUUUCCUGCACGGUGGUGCAUCGAUAGGCCCAGGCGGCGAGACGCAAUUCGAGUUGCUGCAGCUUGAAGACGAGGCUAAUCAGCCUGCGCCCCUGUCUGGAGAUGCAGUGCACGCUGCCGUAUCUAUGGUUGAUUUGGCACCAAAACCCAAGUCCCCCGUCACAGCAAGUCUCAAGAGACUGGCACUGUCCGCGUGGAAUCCUGUCCCCUCUGAUCUCAGACUACGUGGACACUUGCUCUAUCUCAUUGCCACAACACUCGAAGGCGACAAUCUGCACAUUACAUCGACCAUCAAUGGCUUUUACGUCAGCAACUCGAGCUCGUCCAAAUUUGACCCGUCCAUUAAAUCUGGUUGUGAGGUUUUCCAUUCCUUGUCGCCUCUUCUCAAAGCACAGAGUCCGUUGUUCAAAGCGCACUACAGCAAGUUGGAAGCGUACAUGAAUACCCGGGAUGCGAUCCUCACCGUGCCGCUUGUCAACGCUGCCCCUGCCGUGUCUUGGCUUGCACAUAAACAAACCCUUACGGCAGAUCCAAUUCGCGUCCAGCGUCCGUUCCUCGAACAUGGCUUUGAUCUCAAUGAAUCAUUGCGCGACUGGAAUGAAGAAAUUCAAAAUACGCGCGAGAUGCCAGUAACCCCUUUGCCGGAACGGAUCUUACGUUCGCGCUUGUUGGCCAAGACUUUGUACGACUUCGCUGCAGCGGCAGCCAAGGGCGCUGAGCUCCUCGUCAAGGGCGAACUCAUCCCAUUGAACCCAACAGAGGACCGCGAUGCUCAAAUGUACAUCUAUGGCAAUAUUUUCUUUUCUCAUGGUUUGGAUGGUGUUGGUACCUUCCACCGUGAGGGCGGUGACGAUGCAGCACACAAGGCUGUUGCGCUGGACGUCAACGGUGUCAAGGCCCUCUCGUCGCUCGACGUGGACAAGCUAUGCACGCUCGGUACAUGUGUCGUGGAUUACUGUGGUGAACGCAUUGUCGCACAGUCCAUCGUUCCUGGCAUCUUCAAGGCCCGCCCAGAAGGAGAAUCACAAAUCAUCUAUGGCGGCGUCGACGGACGCGAUGUCGUUGCCGAUGAUAAGGAUUGCGGCGAACUUUUUGCCAAAGUGGCACAAACCAUGCGACUUAAGCGUCACGCCGUUUUUGAAAAGGAGGAGGACCGUAGGAAGGAACUCGAGCUCAGUGUUGAGACGAAAGGCCUGGCUGGUGCAGAUGGCCGGACGUACAUCUUGGACUUGUACCGGUUGACGCCCGUGGAUAUUGCCUUCCUCGAGAACGAAUGUGGUCCUGAGAAUCUAGGCAGCUUUGAGAACCGUGGUAGUUCAGAGGCUGUCGAGUCGGACAAGUACCCGCAUCGCAUGGUCGCCUUGCGUUACGAGCUUGUUGAGGGAUUCUGGGAGCAGAAGCUCAAUACCUAUGUUCAGGACAAGAUGCAGCAAGAGGACAAGGAGGCAGCGGCGAAGAAGGAACAAGCGACUAUCAAGGAUACACCUCCAGAGCCAACGCAAAGUCAUGACCGUGCAGCGAGUCUCGACUCUGAUGGCUUCACAAAAGUCGCCGCUGAGGGCGACACUGAAGCCGAGAGCGACAAAUUUGUUGCUGCUAAGGGCGAAGCAGACGUCCCCGAGACCGAUGCAAACGAAGAGCGUCGCAUUGACAUUUCCGGCUUCAAGUUGCUCUUCAACCCCGACACAUUCACCGCGCGGUAUCCUGAGACAUUGACGGAGGAAGAUCGCAAAGCAAAGGAAGAGGACGAACAGCUUGUUCGUUCUUUGUCAACGCACCUGCACGAGGUCGUUAUUCCCAAGCUCGUUGAAGAUUUGCGCGAUGGGGCAUUGGCUUGCCCCAUGGAUGGUGCAGCCUUGUCGAAACUCCUUCACAAGCGAGGCAUCAAUUUGCGCUGCUUGGGCCAAGUCUUAAAGCUUGCUCGGGAAGGCACUGCUGUCAGCAAAUGCGCUGCCUUUGUCAAGGUCGGCACACGCAGUGUCAUUGCAAGAUCGGUGAAGCAUAUUCUGAGCAGGUCGAUGCGAGCCCAGCCAUUCGCCGUCGUUCGCUUUGCCAUUGCUUACUACCUCAAUUGUCUCUUCUCAGACAAAGCUGAAGCCGUGGUAGAUCCUGAAGUCGCAAAUCUCUAUAAAGAUGCUUUACACUUCAAGAAGUGGACGCCUGCGUCUGCCAAAGCGCAGAUUGAGAAAGAGGUCUCGCGCCGAUUCCGUUAUACACUGCCAGAAAACUGGUCUGUUGAUGUCGCCGGCGCGCCUCUCUUGCGUGAGAUCUGUCUUGCCUUUGGCAUUCAAUUGGCAGCACGCGACUACUUUGCCACCCUUCAGCAGAAGCUGACGAAUGGCCAUGCUGAAGAGCCACAAACGGCAACAGCUGCGAAGAAGAGCAAAAAGGCCAAGAAGGAGGCUGCCAUUGCCGCUGCAGCUAUUGUAGAGCCAGCGCGCACCCAACGCUUCAUCCCCGAUGACAUUACGGCCAUCUUGCCUGUCGUCAAGGACUCUGCUCCUCAUUCCGGACUUGCAGAAGAAGCUUUGGAAGCUGGUCGAUUGACGCUUGCUCAAGGUCAGAAGGAGCUCGGCAUGGAGCUGUUGGCAGAGGCACUGUCACUGCACGAGCAGAUUUACGGUGUCUUACACCCAAGAGCCGCUCGGGGAUACAGCCAUUUGUCGUUGCUGUACAGCAACCUUGAUGACAAGCUCUUGGCUGCAGACUUGUCGCGCAAGGCUGUGAUUGUCGCUGAGCGGACUCUGGGUCUUGAUAAUCACGAGACUGUGCUAUUCUAUCUCAACUUGGCACUCCUGGAGCAUGCGAAUGGUGCAACGAAGCAGGCUCUUGCGUACAUCCAGCACGCUCUGUCCAAGUGGCGCGUUAUUUAUGGCGAAGACCACCCAGACAUGAUCACGACCAUGAACAACACGGCCGUGAUGCUCCAGUCAUUGCGCAUGUUUAAGGAUUCCCUGGCUUGGUUCGAGAAGAGUGCCGAGGUGUGUAUUGCUGUGUUUGGACCAGACAGUCUGAAUGCAGCCACCUUGUACUUCCAGAUUGCACAGGCCAUGGCCAUGGCAGGACAGCACCGCGAAUGCAUCAACAAGAUGCGUGAUUCCUUCAACAUCUUCAAGCGAGAGCUCGGUGCAGACAACAAGAACACAAAAGAAGCUGAGUUCUGGCUGUCGCAAUUGACGCAGAAUGCUGUGCAGUUGGCAAAACAAGCGAGGCUCGAAGCAACGCGAUCUACGGGUGCAGGCAGGAGUACAUCGCUAGCGAGCCGAGUGGCGUCUAUGCAAAAAAUGCACGCUACAUCGACCACUGUUCAGGAGAAGGAAGCUGCCGCUGUCAGUGCAACUGUCAAACCGCUCGCCAACGUCUCCAACAAGACGGUUGAAGAGCUUGUCAAGUACAUUACGGGCAACACAGACGAGGCACCGAAGAAGUCGAAGAACAAGAAGGCGCGGCCGAUGAACUUCCAUAAAUAG